AUGCGAUUUCCGAUCUCGGGGUUGUUCUUUAUGGUGGUGUCGGCCAUGGUGGCCCGGGCAUCGCCUGUCCAAACUCCUGUCCCCCAGCCCAGAGCUGGAGUGUUCCCACGGGAUGUCGCCCCCACUACAGCAACAAACCCAGAGCCCACCACCACAGCGACCACCACGACGGCCACGGGCUUCCAAUUGACCUUGAGUUUGGAUUUGCCCUCUGACACUUGUACGCCCACCAUAGCGCCUGACAAGUAUGGUUGGGUACCGCCCUCGGAGUGUGACGCCUUGUACCUCUACUACCCGUCUUUUGGAGCUGCGAUCGCUGCCGCCGUAAUUUUUGGUAUCCUUACUAUAGCCCACUUUGUGCAGGCGACUAUGUACAAGGCGGGCUUUGCCUGGGUCGUCCUCAUGGGUGUCUCGUGGGAGGCCGUAGCUUACGCCGUCCGCGCCUUCAGCACUCGCAAUCAGCAAGAUGAAACUGUUGUGACCGUCGCCCAGAUGUUUAUUCUUUUGGCACCAUUAUGGGUGAAUGCCUUCGAUUACAUGGUUCUAGCACGGAUGAUCCAUUUCUUCGUCCCCGAGCGUCGCAUCGGCAUGUUCAAGCCCUCCUUGCUAGCCAAGGUAUUCGUCUUGCUCGACAUCGGCUCCUUCAUUGUCCAAAUGGUCGGUGGAUUUAUGGCCACUGGUACGGGUGAGCAACAGAUGCACGGCAUCCACGUCUACAUGGGCGGCAUCGGCAUCCAGGAGUUCUUCAUCGUGUGCUUUUUAAUUCUGGCCGUGCAGUUCCAUCGAAUGAUGCUGCAGCUGGAGCGGGCUGGCCGACUGCCUAUCGAGAAGCAGAGGUGGCGUCCACUGCUCUACGCCCUGUAUGGAAGUCUAAUCGCCAUUACGUGGCGCAUCAUCUACCGCUUGAUUGAAUUUUCCUCUGGCUACGGGGAGUCAAAUCCCAUUCCAUACCAUGAAUGGUAUAUGUAUGUGUUUGAUGGUAUUCCGAUGGCCUUGGCUGUCCUCGUCUGGAACAUUGCGCCGCCAGGUGCCGUGUUACAGGGUCCGGAUGCGGAAAUGCCUUCCAGUGGCAUCGGCAGGUGGCUCUGCUGUAACGGCUGUGCCUGUUGCUGUCGAAGCUGCCGGAAGGACGGCAAGAGAAAGAAGAAUAUGCAGCGACUAUCUGAUAGCGACAUAUAUGACGAUGUUGUGCCGCUCCACAGCCGAGAACCAUCCCCCUACCGCGAUACACAAUACAAUAGCCGUCGCUGA